CUAAUUUCUAUUUACAUUUACAAAUUCGUUUAACGUUUGAUUAAAAUUGGGUUAGAUAUCAUGCUGUCAAAUUAUCGUUGUUUGCUGGUAUAAUCCUCUAGAUAUUUACAAUAAAAGUAUUGUAGUUUCAGUAUUUGCUAAAGAAAACGUAUUCUUGUAUGUAAGUAAAGUUGUUAGCGUUUAUUUUUAAUUUGAUUGUUAAUAAUGUGGAAAUUAGUCAUUGGUGGCAUAGUAAUUGGUACAGUUAGUUAUGGUGUAAUUAAAUACUUCGCUGGUGGAGUUUGCAAUUGUAAAGCAAGAUUAGAUGGUUUGGUGAUUAUUAUAACAGGGGCUAAUUCUGGUAUUGGAAAAGCAUUAUCUAAAGAAUUGGCUAAAAGAGGUGCUACAUUAAUCCUUGCCUGCCGUGACAUUCAAAAAGGCAUUGACCUCAAACAAGAAAUAAUUAACAGUGGUUAUUUAAAUGUUUUCCAAAUUUACGUUAAAUCUCUUGAUUUAAAUUCAUUUGAUAGCAUUUAUAAAUUUUCUCAAAGUAUUAAUGAGGAAUUUCAUGAAAUUUACGCCCUAGUGAAUAACGCCGGAGUAUUUUAUCACCCACAAAAAUUAACUAAAGAUAAAUUUGAUGUUACAUAUCAAACAAAUUAUUUGGGACCAUUUAUAUUAACUCAUUACUUGUUAAAAAUAUUAAAACGUUCAGAACACUCUCGAAUUAUUAACGUUACAUCUGAAGCGCAUCGUAACGUGAAUGUUUAUGAUUUGAAAGCUGUAUCAAAUUGUCAAGCUGAGUUUCGUUCACAUUUUACAGCUUAUGGUGUUUCUAAACUUGGUGUAUUGUUAUUUACAAAGGAAUUAGCUAAAAAACUUAAAUGUACUAAUAUUAUUGUAAACGCUGCAAAUCCGGGAAACGUUGAAACACCAAUUUAUAGAAAUUUCCCCCCUUUAUCAAAUCCUUGGUUAUUUGCUCUUCAGUGGCCGAUAAGAAAAAUAGUGGUAAAGAGCCCAAUUCAAGGUGCUCAAACCAUUCUACACUCUUUAUUAACAUCAAAUCGAUCAACCGGACAAUAUUAUAGUGAUUGUAAAUUGUGUUUACCAUCACCAAUAGCAUUAGACGAUCAUCUUUCAAGAGAAUACUACGAAUUUACUUUAGAAUUAUUAGGAAAUAAGUUUUUAACUGAAUCUGAGUGUUAAAAAAUGGGUAAAAAUAUGAUAUGGAUAUCCCCUGAUGAAAGAAUAAAAAAAAUAAUAAUAAAAGAAGGUGAACAUGGUUUAAAACCAACCGAAAAUUGUGAAUGUAAAAUUAAUAUAACAAAUUGUGAUUUCAAUGUGGAAAAAUACAAUAAUUAUCCUGUGGUUGUGGGUCAAAGUGAUGAUAGUUUCGAAAGAUUGUUAGAUAUAGUUUUAACGAUGAUGAAAAUUAAUGAAUUAGCAAACGUUUCGUUUUUACUCAAUAAAAAUAAUACCGUAACUUUAACUCUACACUUAAUCGAAUUUAAAUCGAACGGAUUUAUUUUUGAGUGGAACGCAAAAACGAAAUUCGAUUUGUCUUUAAAACAUAAAACGCGUGGCGUUGAACUUUUCAAAGAAAACCGUUAUAUCGACGCUUCCCACCGAUUUAGCAAAGCUACCAAACUAUUGUCUUCAAUCCCGAUUGACGUCGAGUUAAAACCGAACGAAAUAGACAACGUUAAAAUCGAAGAAAUCGAAACUUUAAAAUCAAACUUGUACAACA